UGCUGAUAACAAAUCUGCCCAUGUGAUUACUUGCACAGAAUUGACAAGAACAAGUGAAAAAGAUUUCAUCUAUACUACAAACAAUAACCACCCAUCUUGUUCUUUCCCUUUAAUAAAAAGCCUGCAAAUACUCUCCACCCCAAAAGAGAAGUCUUGUGCUUGCCAAAUCUAGCUUCCUGGAAUACAGUUUCAGGAAUCUGGUUUGACAGUCCACCAUUGGCAAUAUCAAUCCACCAAAGUCAAAAAGAGAAUCUUUCCCUCCCAACAUGCCACAUUGCUACUAGAGCCUCUCAAGCUUUUUCUAUUUGAUUAGAGAAUCAGACAGGCAGUUCCAAGAAAUGGACAAAAUCAGUUGUACGAAGGUUGGCGUUCUUCCAGGUGAGUCCGAGGACAAACCAAGUGGGAAGAUGGGGUACAAGGUUGGCAGCAGAGGGAUCAAAUGUGAGAAGCUGAGGAACCUGAUCAUCAGAGCAGUGAAAACUCACAAGUCGAAUUCCAGCAAUCCUGCUUCUUCUACACCUGGAGAAUCCAGGUUCUGGGCUAUAGGAAUCACAUUGCUGCUGAUUGUGAUGUGGACUUGUGGAAUGCAGUCAAUGGCUUUCCAGAAUGCCAAGUGGCCAGCAGCAACUUUGAAAUUUAUCCAUCCUGCUGUUAUCAUACCUGAAAGAGUUUACCGCAACAAUGGAUAUCUGACUGUGUCAUCCAAUGGAGGAUUAAAUCAAAUGCGUUCAGGAAUUUCAGACAUGGUUACUAUUGCAAGAUUCUUAAACCUGACGCUUGUAGUUCCCGAACUGGACAACACCUCAUUUUGGCAAGAUAACAGUCAGUUUGGGGACAUCUUUGAUGUGGAUCACUUCAUUGAUUCCUUGAAAGAAGAACUUAAGAUUGUGAAAGAGUUGCCUCCAUACCAGAAGUAUAAACUAAAGAGUCGGCCACUGUUUCAACUGGCACCUCGUAGCUGGUCUAACAUGUCCUAUUACUAUGAUACGGUUAGUUUUUCAUUUUUUCCCCGCUUUUUUACCUUCUCAAUUAAACUUUGGUUUAUGGUCCAAGUUCUGCCAAUCUUCAGAAAGUUCGAAAUAGUCCAUUUCCUGAAGACCGAUGCUAGACUCUCGAACAACGAGCUUCCUGAGAAUGUUCAGAAGAUGCGGUGCAAGGUUUACUAUGAAGGGUUAAGGUUCACUCCACACUUGGAGAAGAUUGGGAAGAAGGUCGUGAGCAUCCUGAGGAAGAAAGGUCCCUUCUUGGCUCUUCAUCUUAGAUACGAAAAGGAUAUGUUGGCAUUCACUGGUUGCACCAAAGAGCUUAAUAAGCAAGAAGUAGACGAGCUUACGUCAAUGAGGUAUGCAUGUCCAUGGUGGAAGGAGAAGAAGAUAAACUCGACACAGAAAAGGGAAGAAGGGUUAUGCCCAAUGACUCCAGGUGAAGUUGGGCUUGCACUGAAAGCACUCGACAUAGAUCCGGAGAUCCAAGUCUACAUUGCUGCCGGGGAGAUUUAUGGAAAGGAAAAGAGACUCGAGGGUCUUAGAGCUUUCUAUCCAAAUCUGGUGAAGAAGGAAACUUUGCUACCAAGUUCAGAUUUGGGAGAGAUUAAGGACCAUUCAAACAGGAUGGCAGCAGUGGAUUAUAUUGUGUCAUUGGCUAGUGACAUUUUCGCCCCAAGCUAUGAUGGUAACAUGGCCAAAGUUGUGGAAGGCCACCGCCGGUAUCUGGGAUACAAGACGACUAUACGUUUGGAUAGAAAGGUUCUAGUGACACUGAUAGACAAGUACAAAAGCGGGAAAAUGAGGUGGGAUGAGUUUUCUGAUUCAGUGAAGAAGGCUCACAGAGGGCUAAUGGGUGGACCUGUUGAGAGACUGAAGAUCCCUGGGAAGCCAAAAGAAGAGGAUUACUUCUACUUAGAUCCUGAGGAGUGCUUGCCCAAAAUGUAUCCGUCUUCACAGGGUAAAAGGUCAGACAAGAAAAAGCAUUAGAAGCUCCUCACUUUUCUGCUAAAGAAACCUAGAAGCUGUUUUCUUUUUUCACUGUUACAUUUAGCAUAAGUAGAUUGUAAAGUGGUUAUGCAGUACAGAUAUGAUUUGUAGAGUUGUUUUUCCAACUUUGUAUUAUCUCCACUUUUCUCCAUUCCAAACUGUUAAUUUAUAAAUGGAUAAAGGAAAAGGUUGAUCAUAACA